UGGUGGCCUGAACUGCUCUCUGCAUUUCUGAGUGUCGGCACUCUCAUUGCAGUUGCAGCAGUUCUACACUCGAUCGAUGGGGAACCUUUGGAGAAAUGGGAUUUGCCGUGGCAAAUGAAGCCUAACACUGUCAUCUCUACAUUAAUCACACUCGUCCGACUUUGGAUGCUGCUUGUGGUAGCUGAGUGUAUUGGCCAGCUCAAAUGGGUCUACUUUGAGCAGAAACCACAUCGCUUGAUCGAUUUCGAGACCUUUGACAGCGCAAGCCGUGGACCAUGGGGUGCUGCCCUCUUGCUGGUUCGGAUCAGGUGGAGAGCGAUUGCUGCCUCCCUGGGAGCCAUUCUCACAAUUCUUGCGCUCGCAGUAGACCCAUUUGCGCAGCAGGUGCUUUCAUACGUCCAGCACAAUUCCGUCUCGCCCUCUGAACAGGCUUCUCUAUUCACUGCACGAUCUUACGACUACAAU